AUGCCAACAGAAAUUUCAGCACCGCUACACUUCCGCACCCUGCUGAAUGGACACGCCUACAUGAUCGCAGACUUUUACGCGACAUGGUGCCCACCUUGCAAGCAGAUCGCACCCAUCUACAACCAACUGUCCACUGCGCAUGCAUCGCCAGGGAAGUUCGCAUUUGUCAAAGUCAACGUGGACGAGCAGAGGGAAAUUUCCGGACAAUACGGUGUCACAGCUAUGCCAACUUUUAUGGUUUUCAAGGAUGGGAAAGAAAUUGAAGAGAUAAGAGGCGCAGACGUAAGGGCUCUGAAGGGCGCAGUGGAGAAAGUUGCUGCGGAGUUGGGGAAGGCGAAAGACGCAAAGGUGGAGAAGAAACCGGAGGUCAAAGAAGAAAGGAAAGAAGAGGAUGAGAAGACGGUUAGUGGGAGCUAUGGCAUGACUGGGGGCAACAAUUGGAAAAUGUCGUUGCAUUAG